AUGGUAUUUGAUCGUCAGCAAGUUAAUACUCUUAGCAAGGAGAUUGAGGAGUUCCGAACAAUUGAUGGCGUCGGUGUUGGCCAGGACGGCACCGGUAUUCGGUGCAUGGAGGGAGGUGGUCAGUGCGUGCGCAGAGAAUUGAAUUGUCACACCAUACUGAAGCACCUCGACGACUGCCCCCACCCCAACGUGUGUUGUGCUGAAACUGAUAAUAAACACAUUUGGUAUUCAUCUACAGACACACCUUUCCAUCCAGAAAGGUUAGAGGGAAAGUCCAUCAGAGAGGAAGUCAGGACGUCGAGGCAAAGCAACUUGGAAAUAAAUGCUGGUCUGGGCAAGAGGAAAAGUAGCCGCAAGGACAGCUUUCUGGGAAAGAAUUCGGGUCAAGACAACAGAUUUUUUGGAAACAAAUCUUUAGAGAUUGAAAAGAACAAUAUUUUAAACAGGUAUAGGGGUUCUUUGAGUCAGCGUCAAGCCAGGAAAAAACUCAAGCACAAGACCACUUGGAGGGAGGAAAAGUUCCCCAAGCAAAAUGGGAAGAAAAACGGCAAGGACAACACCACUAGGAAAACUGGAAAACACACUGGUCAUGACGUAAUGAGCAAAAAGUUCAACUCUAAUGCAGAGAAUUUGACGCUUUUUAAGUACAAUAUCACUUCCAGUGGAGAGACUAACAAACUUUCCAAACAUAAGUUAAAGGGAAAGCUCAAACUUAACUCUAAUGACAAAAUACACAAGAUACAGAAACAAAAAAGAAAACGUAAGCUCACAUUCAGCGAGAAGAAAGACGACCUUUCAACAAGAAAACUAGAGAGAAAUCGCAAGACCAACUCUGCUGGAAAAGAUAAGAUCUGGAAAAGCCAAGUGAAGAAAAAUCGCAAGACCAAUUCUGCUGGAAAAAAUAAGCGCUCUAAAAGCAAACGGAAGAAAAAUAGCAAGACCAUUUCUGCAUUAAAAGAUAAGGUCUCUAAAAGGAAACGAACAAAAAAUCACAAGACCAAUAACGUUAGAAAAGAUAAGAUCUCUAAAAGCAAGCGGAAGAAAAAUCGUAAGACCAACUCUGCUGGAAAAAAUAAGAUCUCGAAAAGCCAAGUGAAGAAAGAUCGUAAGGCCAACUCUGCUGGAACAAAUAAGAGCUCUAGAAACAAACGGAAGAAAAAUCGCAAGACCAACUCUGCCGGAAGAAAUAGGGUCACUAAAAACAAACGGAAGAAAAAUAGCAAGACCAAUUCUACUGGAAAAAAUAGGGUCACUAAAAACAAACGGAAGAAAAAUCGCAAGACCAAUUCUACUGGAAAAAAUAGGGUCACUAAAAACAAACGGAAGAAAAAUAGCAAGACCAACUCUGCUGGAAGAAAUAGGGUCACUAAAAGCAAACGGAAAAAAAAUCGCAAGACCAAUUCUACUGGAAAAAAUAGGGUCACUAAAAACAAACGGAAGAAAAAUCGCAAGACCAAUUCUACUGGAAAAAAUAGGGUCACUAAAAACAAACGGAAGAAAAAUAGCAAGACCAAUUCUACUGGAAAAAAUAGGGUCACUAAAACAAACGGAAGAAAAAUGGCAAGACCAAUUCUACUGGAAAAAAUAGGGUCACUAAAAACAAACGGAAGAAAAAUCGCAAGACCAACUCUGCUGGGAGAAAUAGGGUCACUAAAAACAAACGGAAGAAAAAUCGCAAGACCAACUCUGCUGGGAGAAAUAGGGUCACUAAAAGCAAACGGAAAAAAAAUCGCAAGACCAAUUCUACUGGAAAAAUAG